GCGGCCAUUUUCGACGCCGUCGGCAAGAUGAAAGGCACAUUGCAAUUUCUCCAUCGGUCCCUAACCUCAGUUUCUUUACACAAAUUCAAGCGACUGAUUUCACGUUUUUGAUCUACGACAAUAUCAGAAAAUGGGUAAUUCAUCCGUCGUUGCGACAGGUGUCAAGAAUCAAGCGGACAAUGACUCAAAACAGCUCUAUCAGCUGGUCAACGUGAAAGGGGGCGGGGAACUAGUGGAGCUCAUGAAACGGGCAAGGUGGACGAAAAAUUAUAAGGAAAUUGACGAAAAACUUAAAAACGAGGUGAAGGGCUUUUUAUAUAACGAUGGCAGAGGGAAGAAAGUGCCUAUCGUGGAUCUUAUCAUGGCUAGAAAUAAAGACAGGCAGAAAAGCAAGAUCAAGGUUGGCAAGGAAAAGCGUGAAAAAGCGAAAGAGCUGGCGAUGAUUGACAUGAUUUUACAAGAUGGAGAAAGUACAGGGACGUACAUGCAGCAUAAGCCUCAAGAACGCAAGUAUCGCGAGGUGUGCUGGAAUCUUGAAUCACGAGGUCAGGUUGGGGAGACAAUCUUGCACCUGUGUCUGCUGAACUCGUCCGCCAUCCAUGCUGAUCUGGCCAAGCGUCUUCUUCGUCUCUACCCUCAGCUUAUCAAUGACAUCUACAAUGGAGAGGAGUACUAUGGUGAGAACUGCCUCCAUAUGGUCAUCACCAAUGAGGAUCCAGCUAUGGUCAAGUUCCUCCUGGACCUCGGCGCAGACUACCAUGGCCGCUGCUGCGGCAACUUCUUCUGCCCCGAUGACCAGAAGGACUCCCGCACGGACAGCCUUGACCAUGAGUGGGUGCAGGUGCGAGAGAAGACCAACUAUGAAGGCCAUGUGUACUUGGGCGAAUACCCACUGAGUUUCGCUGCCUGCCUCGGUCAGGAGGAGUGUCUGCGGCUGCUGCUUGCGAAGGGUGCGGACCCAAAUCUUCAGGACAACAACGGCAACACCGUAAUGCACAUGUUGGUCAUUCAUGACAAGAAGGAAAUGUUUGAUCUGCUUCACGGUCUUGGUGCGCGGCUGGACAUUAAGAACCGACAGGGACUCACGCCACUCACUCUGGCAUCCAAGCUGGCCAGGAAGGAUAUGUAUGAACACAUACUGGAGAUUGAACGUGAGGUCUUCUGGCUGUUUGGGAAUGUCACCUGUGCUGGGUACCCCCUCGAUGAAAUUGACACCAUCUCGUCAUCAGGGGAGAUCAACAAGGAUUCUGCACUCAAUCUCAUUGUGUAUGGGGAGGAGGAGGGUCACUUGGAUAUGAUGGAUGGCCUGGUGGUCAACCUGCUGAAGGAGAAAUGGAAGACAUUUGCCAGAUUCAGAUUCUAUAGACGAUUCCUCUGCUUUGGUCUUUAUUUCCUGACCUUUGUUGUGGCCUUUGCCCUCCGACCUGGCAAGGAUCUGUGUGCCUACGCCAACUCCACGACGACACUUCACGGUUGUAACCCGAGUAGCGAGAACAGGACCAUGAACCCAUGCUACCUUCUACAACCCUACAGGACCAAUGACAUAGUGCGGCUUGUCUUGGAGUCCAUGGUGUUGGUUGGCGCCAUGGUCUACGUAUUCUUGGCAAUGAAGGAGAUUUACCACCAGGGGUUCCGUAUCUUCUUCACAACGCUGCGUGGUGCACCAGCCAAGGCGUUGUUCCUGUGCUCCUGCAUCUUUGUGGUGAUGAUGUUGCCGGGCCGAGCGUUCUGUUCCCAUGAGUAUGAGGACAUCAUGGGCGUCCUCGCAAUCCUCUGCACUGCACCGUACUCGCUGUUCUUCUGCAGAGGUUUCCGGAUUGUUGGUCCGUUUGUGGUGAUGAUCUACAAGAUGAUCAAGGGGGACCUGCUCAGGUUUUUCAUCAUUUACGCUGUCUUUGUCAUCGGCUUCUCUCAAGCAAUGUUCAUAGUGUUCCGCGGCGUGACUGCUACAGUGUUCGCUGAUGCCGGGGGCGCUAUAAUGGGCAUGUUUGUCAUGUCCCUGGGCCAGUUUGGAGAUAUCUAUGACUCCUUCGUAGAGACUCAGUACCCCAUCAUGGGCAAAAUUCUGUUCAUGGCCUACAUGAUCAUGGUGACACUGCUGCUGGUGAACAUGCUGAUCGCCAUGAUGGGCAACACGUACCAGGUCAUCAGUGAGACUCAGAAGGAGUGGUUCAGACAGUGGGCCAAGAUUGUCCUGGUGGUGGAGCAGAGCGUGACAACAGACGAGAGACGACAACAGCAGAUCAAGUACUCCCAGCCAAUGGCUGAUGGGCGCAGGGCUCUGGUCAUCAGGUGGCACCAGACGGAGAAGGAGAAGGAGGAGCUGAAGGGACUGCGGGAACUGCACAAGCAGCAGCAGGAGAAGCUCCGCCAACAGAAGCUGCGGCAGAACAUCAAGAAGCGGACCACACCCACUACACUGAGAUACCAGGAAGUCAAUGAGGGCACUUGCAACUUGUAAUCUGACCAAUCAGAUGAAUGCUGAAGUUUCAGCUGACCAAACAGAUUACAGCUAAUGUUUGAACUAUUCUCUCAGAUUGUGAAAAUUGUUUGAACUGGCCAGUCAUACUACUGCUGAAGAUUCUACUGGCCAAUCAGAUUACAGCUAAUGUGUCAGAUUGUCACCAAUGUUUGAACUGUCCAGUCAUAUUACUGCUGAAGAUUCUACUGGCCAAUCAGAUUACAGCUAAUGUUUAAACUGUUGUGUCAGAUUGUGACCAAUGUUCAAACUGUCCAGUCAUACUACUGCUGAAGAAUCUACUGACCAAUCAGAUUACAGCCAAUGUUUGAACUGUUGUGUCAGUUUGUGGACUAUGUUUUAUAUGUGUAGUCAUAGUACUGCUUAAGUUUGGACUGACCAAUCAGAUUACAGCGUAUGUUUGAACUAUUCACUCAGAUUGUGGCGAGUUAUUUUACUGUCAAGUCAAACUACUGCUGAAGUUUCUACUGACCAAUCAGAUUUUAGAUAACAUUUGGGCACUGAUUAAUCAGAUGAAGUCCAAAGCCAACAAUCAAGUUUCAGUUGUAGUGAAAUCUGCCCAGUGGAUGUAGAAAAUGAUUGAUGUGGUUACACGUCCCAUCGGUCUGAUACAGAAUUCUUGCCAGUUCUGCUCAAGUGGGGAAUUUAACUCAUCAGAUAUGAAAAGUCAGCCAAUGAACAAAAUUAAUUCUUCCCAAUCAAUUUGCUGAUGAGAGCUUUACUUCUAUUAAUAGUUCAAAUCCAAACAUUUCUUUCAAUAAUUAUCAAUGAGUGCAAUAACACCUGUACAAGUACAAACUGUUCUAAUUAUGUCAAAGCCAUUGUUUUAUUAGACUUAGGGCCAUUUACAAAAUGAACAUGAUGAUUGUUUGAUGUUUUGACAAAUAUAUAUGUUGAAAACUUACAAUUGAUAUUCCUCUGAGAUGGUAAUUUUAAAAGUUCCCAAGAUAGAUGGUCUGGUUGUUUUAAUUUGGCCAUAUUUUAUCAGAAUCUGGCAAAAUUAUUUUCAACAGCAUUUCCGUAGAACACAUAUUGUGAUAUGGGUAACAGUGAGGGUGUAAUGAGACUGUCUGCAAGGUGAUAUGUUGUCUCACAAAUAGUAUUCAUUGCUGCCAUAAGUGUUGGCAACUUCAUUUUCAGUCGAUUCUAGUCAAUGCAUGUUAUAUGUAUGCCAUCUUCCUGAGUUACUGUAAGUUGGUGUUGCUUGGAUACAAGCCCCAAACUCAGUCAUUUAGGAGCCACAAGAAUUAAUCAUAUAUUCAUCGUUAGUGAAAAUAUAUUCCAAUUUUAGUUGUGAGUUUGCACAUUAGCAGUGGUCACGCUAGUUAGCAGUUUUAAUUGAUGCCAGAUAUUGGACCUGAUCAUGAUAAUUCAAGUGUUCUUGUAUAUUUUUAUAUAAAUAUAAUAAUUUUUGUUGUGAAAUGAUGUUUAAAUUAUUUUAGUUGUUAUAUUUAAUAAUUUUACUGCUGAUUACACAUUCCAUCCAUUUGAUAACACUUUGUAUGUACCACUUAUUGUUAUAUGUAUAUUUAUGCGAUUAAAAUAAACAAUUUUGA